CCUCCAUAGACAUAUCUUACAAAAACGUCCUCUGGUCUCUCGCCAGUCAUCUAUGCUUUGCCGCGUUAUACAUUGCUUUGCUAACCUUGUAGGCUAUCUUGAUGGAAGAUCUCUGUUUCUGCGCCCUCCAAUAUCCCAGCAUUCAACGGGCAUGCAGUGUAUUGUUGACAAAGAAAAAAGGAAACUGGGUGGGAUUUGAAAUAAAUAUCGUUAAACGGCAAACAGUAGUGAGAGAUUAAUGUCAUGCUGCCAAAUAGCUGAACUGGCCACAUUACGAACUGGAUCUCUGCAACGUUACAGCCCUGAGAGGGAGAGGGAAUACCAUAAAGGGCGGAGGAAGCGAGUUCAGCUUGAGUCAAUGCAGCAGCAGAGUCGGCAGCCUGACCAAGUGGAGGGAAGCCUUCCAGUGUUUGUGUUCCCCACUGAGCUGGUGUUCUACGCAGAUGAGCAGGCUUCACAUAAGCAGGUGCUCACCCUCUACAACCCUUAUGAGUUUGCGCUUAAAUUCAAAGUUUUGUGCACAGCGCCAAACAAGUAUGCAGUGGUGGAUGCCACUGGUGCUGUUAAACCACAGUGUUGUGUGGAUAUCGUGAUCCGCCAUAGGGAUGUGCGGGCUUGCCAUUAUGGAGUGAUUGAUAAGUUCCGGCUGCAGGUGUCUGAGCAGAGUCAGAGAAAGGCACUGGGCAGGAAGGAAGUAAUGGCCACUCUGCUGCCCUCCUCCGCUCAGGAGCAGCCCCAAGUCCGGCCCUUGGAGGAGGAGCGCAGGAUGAAAGAGCAACUUGCCGACAGAGUGUUCUUUGAGCAGACUGCAUUCCAGACAGAGAGCCGCACAGCAUCUGGGGGACCCAGCCUCCUAACUGUCCUUUUAGGCCUAGUGUGUAUGGCAGCCCUUAUGCUCCCAACUCUGGGAGAGCAGGAAUCCACAGUGCCUGUCUACCUCCACUUAAGUGUUAACAAGAAACUUGUAGCUGCUUAUGUUUUAGGUCUUCUUACAAUGGUUAUUCUACGCACUUGAAGUGCUCUUCAAAUUGACCUUUCUGAAUGAAAAUGGAACUAGGAUGAUGAAGAGGGGAGAUAUGGACAUAUCUCAGCCAGGAGUGUUCUGAGGAUGGGGAAAACAUGUCUGAAAAACUUCCUCUAAACAGGAACUAACUUUUUAAAUGACGUCUCAAACAUACCGAAACAAAGAAGACGCAAAGAUCCAUGGGUGGGGCGGGGCAUUUUGUGUUUAUUGAUGGAAAGCUGACUGAGCUGGCAACUGGGCCCAGCUGACUAUCAUGUUAGGUGGGAGGGGGUGUAGAAGAACAUGAGUACAUACAAUUAAAUGUGUUGUCUUGAGUCAUAUUCUGUGUGUCUGUGAAUUGCUUUUUGUGUUUGAUAAAUGAACAUGCUUAGUUUGCCACAAGAGAAGAUUCUCACAUCUUAACACCCUUGUUUCUUGAAUUGUUUUUUUAUUUGUCCACUGCUUAAAUCUUGUGCACAUUAUCUAUAGAUAUCCACAUUAAAUAAACCAAGUUGAUUUUUAAAAGGC